CCGCCCCAGAAGUGGGCGCAUCUCAGCCUCGAGGACUCGUUAUCUGUGCGUGUUGUUGGAGCUGGGAGGCGGGUGCGCGACCUUGGAAAGGGAACUGGUUUCGUUUCCUCCAGUUUAUCAGUGAAGCGCAGGACAGGACAAGAGGGAGGCACGGAGCGAGGGACGGACCCGGGGACGGACGGACAAUCCAGCAGCCUCUCCAGCAUGGGGACCCUGGGGACCCUGUCCCUGCUGCUCUGCCUGGCAGUUUGCAUCUCCGCCCUGCCUGGCGAGGGGGCCCAGGAACUCACCACGCCCGGCUCCGGGAUCGAGGCCCCGUGUGACAGCGACGGCUGCCCCCGCCAUAAGAAAUCGGCCACCCUCGUGCCAUCUUUCACCAAAACAACCGCCACCACCACCACGACCCACCGCACGAAGCCCCCCACCACGACCCACCCGGCCAAUCACACCACGACCCACCACACGACGCCCCCCACCACGGCCCACCUGACCAACCACACCACGGCCCACCCGGCCAAUCACACCACGUCCCACCCGACCAAUCACACCACGUCCCACCCAGCCAACCACACCACAUCCCACCCGGCCAAUCACACCACAUCCCACCCGACCAACCACACCACCGUGCACACGACCCCCCACCUCACCACGGCAGGCCCACCGGGGCCCCCGGAUGUGGGGGUCGGGAACUACUCGGUGCGGAAUGGAUCGGACGUCUGCCUCCGGGUGCAGUCGGGCCUCCAGCUCUGGGUCCGAUAUGAGAACGGCUCCAAAGCGCAGCUCUGGGGAGCUUUUGCCGUCCAGCCGAACCACACCAAGGUGUCGGGAAAAUGCUCCGACGAGUCAGCCACCAUGGAGCUCACCUUCGCUCAGGGCUUCCUGCACUUCACCUUCGUAAAGAAUAAAACCCAGAACUCCGUCUACCUGCACGAGGUCCGAGCCAACCUGAGCAUCCAGUUCCCUGGGGCCACACAGAGGCAGUUCACGGUGCAGAACGCCAGCCUGCGAGAGUUCGAAGCCCGGCUGGGGCACUCGUACCAGUGCCAGAACCGCAGCCUGGCGCUGGGCCCGGCCUUCCAUCUUGACGCCCUGCACGAGCGGAUCCAGGCCUUCGCCCUGCCCGGGGGCGGCUUCGGGGAAGCCGAGCUGUGCCCAGAGGAGCGGCACAGCGCGCUAGUGCCCAUCAUCAUCGGGGUGGUUCUGCUGGUCCUGAUCCUGAUCAUCGUCAUCGCCUACUUGGUGGGCCGGCGCAGGGCCCGGGGCGGCUACCAGACCCUCUGAGGGGCCGGGACACUGGGGGGAAGGAGGGGAGAAUGGGGCCUGUCCCCUCUAGGGGGCACCGGCUCCCACCCGG